UCACCUGCAUUAAUCUCAAACAGAAACAUGGCAUUACGCCGCGUAUACCUCCUCACAGAUAUUUAUUCUGCGUUCGAAAAAAUCCGAUAAUAAAACAAGCGAAUAGGCGAAUAGCUGAAGCCAUCUAUGACCUCUUCUCGAUGCAGCGCAGGCGAGAGUCGCCAAAUUUCUGCAGGGGUUAGUAUCGAGGUUGAAAAUCAGCAAAGCAUUUUUCUCUCUAUAAUCACUUCAGUGGGUAGAAGAUUAUUUUGCCUAAUAAUUUUAAAACGUGGCAGUUUCAUCUCAAUAAACGGAGUCAAUGUGAAGCAGAUAUCGGAUAAUACUAGCAUAUCCCUAAAGUCACUUUGGCAGCCAGCAGAGCUUCAACAGUAAAGACUAAAAAGAAAGAGAAAAGAAUAGAAUAAAAAAGC